AAGGCCAGAAGAAACCAGGGAUAGAGCCUGGGGAGAAGGGGGGUGGUAGCCAGAGGGUGAAGGCGGGGCCAGGAAGAGAGCAGGCUGCUGCAAACCUCAGAUAAUAUUCUGUCCAGCACAGCAGGGCUCAAUUUGGUCCACUUGCCCGGGGAGAAGAAGGAGAAAAAAAAAAAAAAAAGUGGGCUGUAACUUAAAGAUCUUAAGACUCCCAAGUGAGGGGUUGGUCUGGAGGUGGGAAGAGGGAGUGACCAGACAAGGAGGAGACAGAGACUCAGGAGGGCGCAAGGAAGCGUCUUAGCUGAGGCCAGGACAAGGCCGGAGAGGGUGGAGGGAAGUCUGCGGGAGCAGGCAUCCUCCAGGAUCCAGAGGCACCUCCUCCCGCUCGCUGGGAAGGGCUCUGGACACCCUCAGCCCUUCUUGUCUGCCCUGUGAGGCUCAAGCCAGAAGCUCCGGGCACUUGCUGAGUUGGUGCCACAGCCACGGAGCUGGUACCCCGGGGACCCCCUGCCCGUCUUCUCUCCACUGCCCAGCAUGGAGGAGGCCGGUGAUUUUGACAACUACUAUGGGGCAGACAACCAGUCUGAGUGCGAGUACACGGACUGGAAGUCCUCGGGGGCCCUCAUCCCUGCCAUCUACUUGCUGGUCUUCCUCCUGGGCACCACGGGCAACGGCCUGGUGCUCUGGACUGUGUUUCGCAGCAGCCGCGAGAAGAGACGCUCGGCUGACAUCUUCAUCGCCAGCCUGGCCGUGGCUGACCUGACUUUCGUCGUGACCCUGCCGCUGUGGGCCACCUACACGUACCGGGACUACGACUGGCCCUUUGGCACCUUUGCUUGCAAGCUCAGCAGCUACGUUAUCUUCGUCAACAUGUACGCCAGCGUCUUCUGCCUCACCGGGCUCAGCUUCGACCGCUACCUGGCCAUCGUGAGGCCCGUGGCCAACGCUCGGCUGAGACUGCGAGUCAGCGGGGCCGUGGCCACGGCGGUCCUGUGGGUGCUGGCCGCCCUCCUGGCCAUGCCGGUCAUGGUGUUCCGCUCCACCGGGGACCUGGAGAACACCACCAAGGUGCAGUGCUACAUGGACUACUCCAUGGUAGCCACUUCCAGCUCGGAGUGGGUCUGGGAGGUGGGCCUGGGGGUCUCGUCCACCGCCGUGGGCUUCGUGGUGCCCUUCACCAUCAUGCUGACCUGCUACUUCUUCAUCGCCCAGACCAUCGCCGGCCACUUCCGCAAGGAGCGCAUCGAGGGCCUGCGGAAGCGGCGCCGGCUGCUCAGCAUCAUCGUGGUGCUGGUGGUGACCUUCGCGCUCUGCUGGAUGCCCUACCACUUGGUGAAGACGCUCUACAUGCUGGGCAGCCUGCUGCACUGGCCCUGUGACUUCGACAUCUUCCUCAUGAACGUCUUCCCCUACUGCACUUGCAUUAGCUACGUCAACAGCUGCCUCAACCCCUUCCUCUACGCCUUCUUCGACCCCCGCUUCCGCCAGGCCUGCACCUCCAUGCUCUGCUGCGGCCGGAGCAGGUGCGGGGCCACCUCCCACAGCAGCAGCGGGGAGAAGUCGGCCAGCUACUCUUCCGGUCACAGCCAGGGGCCUGGCCCCAACUCCGGGAAGGGUGGCGAGCAGAUGCACGAGAAGUCCAUCCCCUACAGCCAAGAGACCCUUGUGGUUGAUUAGGACUGGGGUCAGAGAGGAGUCCGGUGUCCUCUGCCCUGCCCCGGCCUUUGCCCUUGCUCUCUGAAAGUCAGGUAGCAUGAUAGCACCUUCUCCCUUGCACUUGACCCUUUUCCCUGCUCCCUGCCUCCCUGCCCCCUCUUGUCUCCUUCCUCCUUGAGCCUUGUUCAGAGGUUUGUGGUUUAGUGGAAGGAGACUGAGGCCUGCAGACUCCUGCUCGGCCACUCGGUAUCUGUGAGGCGGACCUUGCACGAGUCUCUUGACCUCUCUGAGCCUCAGUUUCCCCAUUUGUAUAAAACGGGAAGUCAGGCUGGCUCAACUGAAGUGUGUUGCCCCCGAAUCCUUUUCUUGGAUACCCAGCUUUUUCUUUGCUCUCCUUUCUUCCUAAUGUUCUCUCCCUUCUCCCUGCCCCUGCUCUGCGCUCUAUCUGCACUUCCCACUCGGAAUCCUCACCUGCUGGCUCCAACCCCCUCUCCCGCAGCACACUCCUUCCCUCAAUCCCUCCUUCCUCCCCUUUUUGCCUCCUGGUUCUGCAGGGCUCCUAAGGGUUAAGAAUCCUGAAGCUUGCACACAGGGCCCCUGCUCUAGGUCUCGGGCUCCCUGACAGCGCAGCAGGGACUGGUGUCGGCCAAGUUAGCUCCAGCCUCUGCAGCUGGGAGCUGUGGAACUUUCCUGCAAACUGGAUCAGUUCACUGUCCUUUCAGGCACUAAGGAUCCCAGAAGGGGGACCUCCCUCUGGCAGCCCCUCCCUGAUGCCCACUAGCUGUGCUUUUCGCAGAUUUCCUCAGACCCUCUCUUCAGCCUCUAUUCCCUGUGGCAAUUGGAAGGCUACGGGGUGGGUGAGGGGAUGGCCGGCUCCUGGGUGUCAUUAUAGGAGCAGGGAGUCGGGAAGGGAACAUCAAGGAAGAAGGGAGUCUGUAUUUAGUCUACAUGCUGCUUGGCUUCCCUCUCCGAUUCCUCACCCCUCCAGCCUCCUCCAGAACUGUGAGCUGCAGGCCUCCGCACCACAGCCUGGCAUCCCCACGCAGGACACUUUCCUGGAGCACUGGGUGCUGCUGGGUGUCAAGAAUUGUGUGUGUGUGUGUGUGUGUGUGUGUG